AUGCAGGCGCAACGUCUGGGAAUGUACCAAGUUCACGGCGUGACUGGAAAUUUUCAUGCAUACUAUGAACUCCAGACUAGGUGUGUUCCUCUAAGUCUUCCUGACGAUAUAAACAAACGGUGGCAUUACCUCUGCAUCAGCUCUCCAGCUAUUCCUCUCCCCCCAGGACCCGUGUUUCCUGGGCCAGGACACUAUGACAUAACUACCAGACCAGUGGAGCAGCGUUACAUGUCCAGCGCUGUAUUUCUCUCCAACGAGCCGCGCUGGGUAAUUCCCGGUUCCCAGGCCGGGAUCGGCAUCGAGGUUCCACAAGCUGGGCCUACUUUGACCGGCUUCCGUGACUUCCUCUUGCCCUUUACAACCUCCACAGACGACAAUGAGACUCAGCCCAUCGGCGCAUCUGCUACGUUGCCAGGACCCACUCAUUACAAUCCAUCGGCGCCGGGUAGGCAAUCAUUCCAUUACAAUGCUAAUAACGUCUGGAUAGCAUAA